CGUAUUUUUUUUACAUCCAAACACAGCAGUUUUAAUAUUUCACAAAAAAAAAUUGCCGGAAGUUGUAUCGGUUGCGAGGUCGCGCGCCAACGUGAGGCGCCGUGACCCAGUAUGGCGGCGCCCAGGCGGUGCGUGAUCGUGCAGUGGCGCUGAGCGGCGGAGUGGCGAGAGUUUGCGACGACCUAUUAACACGAGGCGAGGUGAAGCAUUGCAAUUGCAUUAGCGCUAACAGCCCCAUUUGCAGGGGCGUAACUGGUGGACCUCCUGACGUGUCGCUAACCUUUUCGCCGGGACCUCCGAGGAUGUCGAAGGUGACGAAGAUGGGGAAGGCGGCCAAGGCCAUGAAGAAGGUGGAGCACAAUAAGACUAUCCGCACAAUCAUCCGUGCCGGCCAGGCCAUUCCUGGGCCACCACUGGGACCAAUUCUGGGACAGAGAGGCAUCGCCAUUGGCCCAUUCUGCAAGAACUUCAACGAAGCAACCAAGGACAUCAAGGAGGGAAUUCCCCUGCCCAUCCGCAUCCACAUCAAGCCUGAUCGCACGUACGACCUGGAGCUUCGGCAGCCGACAACGUCAUACUUCCUCAAGGCAGCCGCCGGGAUCAAGAAAGGAGCGCGACAGACGGGCCACGAGGUGGCUGGGAAGCUGACGCUGAAGCACAUCUACGAGAUCGCGUGCAUCAAGGUGAAGGAUGAGCCGUUCCGAGUGCGCGACACCUCUGUGCUCAACGUGUGCAAGUCGCUCAUCGGCACAGCUCGCUCGCUCGGCCUGCAGGUCGUCCCCUCCCUCUCUGCUGAAGAGUACCGCGUGUUCCUGGAGGAGCGAGAAGUGUUCAUCAAGAAGAGGGAGGAGGAGGACCAGGCGGCAGCUGCUGAGGCUCUGCAGAACUUGCGCAAAAAGUAGUCCCAUGUGGACACUGACUAGAUCCCACCCAACCCAAUCUCAACUAACUUUACCAAUGUUCUGAACUGACCUUACCUGUUCUAGAUUUGAAGCUUUCGUGACUGCAAGGAUCCAUACUCUUUGGUUCUAUUCGGUAAAGUCACGUAGGUGACUUUACCGAAUUGUGGCCGAAACGUCGUGAUUUUUGUUGUUUUUAUUUUUUACCUACGUGACCUUACCUGACCUGAUCUUUGAGGCAUCCUUCCACUGACAUGACCUGAUUUAAACUGACCCUAGCUGACCUCAGCUAACCUCAACUGAAUCCACCAGACCUGUGCUCACACUGACCUGAUACAGACAUCUAGAGCUGACCUUUCACUCCCUGACGUGUGUCCUGACCUGUCUUUCCUCCAACCUGACCUCACCCAAAUAAACCUGGACUAAAAUCUAACCAGGACAAAGUAAUUUUCCCGACCUCAACCAAAGUUCACCCGACCGUAAGCCGCCCGCGGACCUGGCCUAACCCAGCCCGCCUAGCAGGGGGCCGCAUUGCGUUCGGUGGGAAUGGGUGCCGUGGUGUUUUUGCUCAGUGUUAUCGCUCCGUGCUUCCUGCAAUCGUCGUUGUCGUCCUCACUACGGAUGUAAAAUCACUCCUGCCCCGCCCCCCCCCCCCCCGUCUGACGGCCUCUCCCCCCACCCCAUGGUGUGUUGGUUGUGGGAGUUUGUUCGGCCGUGCUUCUUCACUCCGUGCGGGUUGUUGAAGGGCUGUUGGGGUGGGGGGGGGGGGCGCAGGAGCGGUUCAGAUAUCGCUCGCUGCCGACACACUGCGCUCUGGGUGCAGAGCGCAGUGUGUCAAUGGUGGCGCCACCGAAACCCGCCGUCCGCCCCCCUCCACAGUCCCCCCGGUGAAUGCUGCAGCCGUGUGUGUGUGCGCGUGUGUGUGUGCGCGUUAUCAGCAGUAGUGUCGCGGUUAGCGCGCCACGCUACGAACCCUGGCGACUCGAAUUCGAUUCCCGCUCACAGACAACAUCGGUGACGAUUAUCUGAACCGGUCCAGGGCAUCCCCUCGGUCGAACUCGCCAUUAAAUGAGUACCUGGUGCAGUGUGUAAACAUCGCCACUCGGGAGACAAAGGCGACCGGGCGUGGUACUGGCCACCCCCACCCCCUCGUGUGCCCUGCCUGCCUUCAUGCUACACGCUAACAGCGCUUGCCCCAACAGUCUGUUAAGGUUACACGGGGGAUCUUUGUCUAUCAGCGCCCAGGUCAUUUUGUACGCAAGCAGUUGCGCUUCCGCGGUGGCGGAGUUGGUCGUGACGUUUUGAAGCGGAUGUGAACGUUCAUCGCAAAACCCAAAACAAAUAAACGUUUUCGACUCCUACGGACGGAGGUGGGCGGGUGGCUCCGGGUGGGAGGCACCGCGGGCAGCAGACGCCGAGCCGGCACUGCUGGGGGGCAUGGGUUCAAAUCCAGGUUCUCGUCGCCCGAUCACUGAACUCGGUCGUCAAGCGUAGUAGCGAGUUGAUGAGGGUCCUCAACUCGGUCACCACCAAUGACUGCACACACACACACACAAAAUAAUCAAGUGCGAGUUUUUCACUUCAUUUGGCAAACUUUCAGCGCUGAGAAUUAGACAUUUUGGUUUUAUUUACAUGAAGCACUGUUUGCAGAGCAUGCAAAUAAGAAUAAAGGCCUGCAUAGUAUGAGUAAAGAGGCCGACUUAAGGGAAUUUAGUAAUUACGUGACAUCAACGUUCAAGCGCUGCUGUCUGACACGAGGUGAUAUACUGCUUGCUUGAUUGCUUACUGCCAACGUUCUAUGUAUAAUUGUAUUUGACUCAUGACAUGACACAGAUGGCACAAGUGGAAUAAACUGGGGAAAAAACUGAA